AUGGAUCCAGAGGCGACAAAACGAUCAAUCGAAGUCUGUGACGCGCUCAAGAACGAGUUCAAGCAUGGAAGGCUGUAUAUCCACGCAUUCCAGGAGGAAUUUAUGCUCCAGAACCAACUAGACAAGCUGGAGGCGGUCUCGGGAGGUGCUGCCCUGGCGCUUACUCGGCUUGAAGGCGACCUGUUGCACUACAAGGAACAUUUUAACAAGCUGGCGAUUUCAUUCACGGAACAAACGUCGAAGGAAAAGUUUCUGAGGGCGAUUGAUGAGGAUAUACCUAUCAACAUUACUCUCGACAAGUCAAAGGCGGCAAACCUGAGGAGGAAACUGGAGGAGAGGGAGCAGGUCGUAAGUCAGAUCCAGGCAGAGAUUGGCGAGGUUGCCGAGGUCGCAUGUCGAGAUUAUGAUGGACUGCACAAGACUAUCACGGAACUGAGGUCGAUGCUGCAGGAGAUGGAUUACAUGGAGAACAACUAUACAGAACUGAAGAAGGCAGACGACAAUUUUACGGGCAUGACACCAGAGUAUACACAACAAGUUCUGGCGAAACAGACGCAAGAGUUACAUAACCUUCACCAAAGGUCGGAUGAGCUGACGGCGGAAAUAGAAGAGCUGAAGUGGCAGGAGAGUAGACUAAAAGAGAGCAACCAAAAGCUGACGGUACAACGGAACCAGGCAGAACUUCUAGCCAAGGAGACGAUCUUGAUGAGUGCUCUGCGUCGGCCGGAGCUUGAGAGCGCCUACAAGGAAUGUUUAGAGGCGACAGAACUGUACCAGGACGCCGUUGGAUUGGAGUCGGCACAAUAUCUGGAAGAGUCGAAUGUGCUAGUGUUGAAGUACAGGGUUCUGCCUGGAUCAUCGACGCUUCAUAGCGUGGAUCCAUCCAAAGCUUCGUCGACGAGGACGACGCAGGCUGGCAAGAAUGGACGGAAAGCGGUGUUCCCGCAGCUGUCGAUGAAGCUGCACCCGAGGAGUGGGCGGCUGAUGUCGGCUACUAUAGAGAAUGCAGGAUGCGAUGUGAAGGAUGUGAUUCAGACUGCCAAGACUAGGAAUGAUAUCUCGUUCCUGGUAGUCGAGACUCUUGACCGCGUCAUGAAAGCACACCCAUAG